GACUUUCCUUCGCUCAAGGGCUCUGUACCGCUAUCGUACAUGUUCGAUCUGUUCCCAAUGAUCCAACCGCGGCAGUUCAGCAUUGCGUCGUCACCACGUGCGCACCCGAACGAGAUUCAUCUGUGUGUGGCCAUUGUGAAGUACCAGACACGCAUCACCGAACCACGAUACGGCCAAUGCACACACAUGCUUGCACGGACUACUGUAGGGCAGCGACUGCCUAUAUGGAUCAUGAAGGGUACGAUAUUUAUGCCGAAACGUGAGGACCUGCCUAUGCUAAUGAUUGGGCCAGGCACUGGCGUAGCGCCGUUUAGAGGGUUUAUUGGUGAACGUCUAGGAAGAGCACCAUCCGACGAUGCCACAGAUGGCCGACAGGGCGGCACAGCAAGUGCACACAAGAGUAUGUUAGUGUUUGGCAACCGCAAACAGGAGAAGGAUUACUUAUUUGGACGUGAAUGGGAGGCGUAUAGGAAGUCGAACCAACUGGACCUGGUCACAGCCUUCUCUCGCGAUCAGCCCGACAAGGUCUAUGUGCAACACGAGAUGAUAAACCGAGGGAAGGACAUCUGGGACCUCAUCCACAACGGCAAAGCGGUCGUGUAUGUGUGCGGGAACUCCAAGCGAAUGCCGGACGAUGUUAAGAAAGCCCUACGUACGAUAGCACAGACACAUGCGCCCAUGACGGAGGAUGAAGCAUCGAGCUAUAUAACGCAGCUAGAGACCGCUAGACGUCUGCAGUUGGAAACUUGGGCCUAGCACUAAUGCUCCGGUAGGGAUAGGCUACGACUGCAACUAGAGAAAGGGGCUUAACGGAUACGGAACUCGGAUACGCUUUUAAUUGUGUGUUGUUGGUGGGUUUCGUCAGUCAGAUUGCCGUGAUAGAACGCACGCAUGACCCAUGCACACCCCCUAUGAGAGACCGUGAUAAAGGUCACCUAGUGUACUACCCUCGCGUCCUAAAAUAGAAUAAAAGCCACCAUACACAGGAA